CCACGACUAUUCACACAUGCUCACGACACAAAGGUGUUGGAAGAGAGAUAGAAUAGGAGCACGAUGUUGAACUCGCUCAGUUGGUGCAGCGAGCCGCAGAGGUCAUAUGCGGCUCUACGACCCAAGGUUCCCGCGGGGGAGGGGUCCACGGUGGCUAUCACCUGGCUGCCCACGGGUGUCACUUAACAUCAAUCACGCUUCUGGAAUGCGUUGGCGAGAGCAUGUACCACGACCAAGUAUACCAUGCUUCAUUCAAGCGCAUCAGAUUUACUCAUUCUGUGAUGGAUUAUCCGCCUGGGGACUUGUUACUGUUCUCUCGGCAAGCUGAGCUCCCUACAGCGCGAUAACCAGCGGCCCCAUCGUCAUAAGCUCCGCUGAGCUAACCCUGCGCAUCAUUACUAGCCCCGCGCCACUCGCG